AGCUUUCCACGGUAGCGGCUCCACCACCGCCACCACACUACAGCAAUACGAAGGGGAGGGGGGCAUGCAGACAGCAGUCGGAGCUGCGAAGUCUGUAGGCGCGGUGCUGUGUGUGUGUGUGUAUGUGUGUGUGCGUGUGUGUGUGUGAGAUGAUUUAGGGGUAAAUGGGAUUAAACUACUCUCUCAGCCCCGGCGUUUCGAAAUAGUUGUAGAGCGGGGAGGAGGAGGAGGUUCGGCGCCGCAUGUGCUCGUCUGUGUACGGCUCUGAAACUCGUGGAGCCACGGCGGCGUAUCCUACAGCUCCAAAGCAGCACGAAGAGGAGAGAGAAAACUAACGCUAGCUGCUACCAGCACUACUACUACUUCUUCUACUACUACUACGAUUACUACUACCAUUACUACCAGCUCGUUUUUUUUAUUUAGGGCUCGCUAGCUAACGUAGCAACUCAGGUCAACCUCUCCCUCCACAUGCAGGCGUUGACGGGGAGGGAGGGGAGCGGGCGCGAUGAUGUUUAAAUGGCCAUGCUAAACUCCUAAAUUCUUCCACAUUUCUCAUCUUUUUUUUAGUUUGCGCUUUUGUCUCGGGGGCUGGAAAGAUACACAUCAACAAGCGCCUGCAUCAUGGAGAACCCAGCGAGCGAACCGCCGCAGCAAAGCUGCGAGGACGUUCGGAAAAGUGGCUAUCUCCGAAAACAGAAGUCCAUGCACCGGCGGUACUUCGUGCUCCGGACGGCCUCUGAACGCGGCGCGGCCCGGCUCGAAUACUACGAGAGCGAGAAGAAAUUCCGCGGCAAAGCACCGAUCCCGAAGAAAGCUCUGGUGCUGGAGACGUGUUUCAACAUCAACAAACGGGCCGACUCGAAGAACAAGCACAUGAUUGUGUUGUACACCCGGGCGGAGAGUUUUGCCAUCGCGGCGGAAAACGAGGCAGACCAGGACGAGUGGUACCAGGCCAUGGUGGACCUGCAAUGCAAAAGUAAGAGCCUGGCGGACAUCACCAGCAGCGAAGCCGCCGUCUCGGCGGCGGCAGCGGCGUCCGGCGGGGGCGGGGACUACGGGGACGCGGCCGUCCUCCUCAACCCCGGGCCGGCCUUCAAGGAGGUGUGGCAGGUGAAGGUUUGGCCCAAGGGCCUGGGGCAGGCCAAGAACCUGGUGGGCAUCUACCGCCUGUGUCUGACGGACAAGACGGUGAACUUCGUGAAGCUGCACUCUGACGCGGCGGCGGUGGUGCUGCAGCUGAUGAACGUGCGGCGCUGCGGCCACUCUGAGAACUUCUUCUUCGUGGAGGUGGGCCGCUCGGCCGUCACGGGCCCCGGGGAGUUCUGGAUGCAGGUGGACGACUCGGUGGUGGCCCAGAACAUGCACGAGUCCCUCCUGGAGGCCAUGAAGGCGCUGAGCGACGAGUUCCGUCAGCGCAGCAAAUCACAGUCCAGCUCGGGGCCGGGGGGCGGGGCCACGGCCUCCAACCCCAUCAGCGUGCCGUCCCGCCGCCACCACCCCAACCCGCCCCCCAGCCAGGUGGGCUUCACCCGCCGCUCGCGCACCGAGCCCCCCAUCGGCGGGGGAGGGGGCGGGGGGGCCGGCAGCGCCAACGCCUCGCCCACCCCCCGCCACGGCCUCCCGCGGCCCCGCACCGCCAGCGACGCCGCCAAGGGCGAGGAGGGGGCGCCCGCCGGCUGCUUGGGCCCCCAGGGGCCCCCCGGCUCCAGCCCGGCCACCAACGGCUCCUGCUCCGGGACCCCCGUCCUGCGCUCCAAGUCGGCGCGCUCGUCCUCGGGCCCCGCCGCCAAGGCCCCCCUGGGCCUGAUGCGCUCCAUCUCCACGCCGGCCCCCUCGCCGGCCCCCAGCCUGUCCUCCAGCUCCGGCCACGGCUCCGAGUUCGGCGGGGCGGGGGCCCCGGCGCCGGGGCAAGCUGCCGCGGCGGGCCCCUACGGCCGCGGGCCCCCCUCCCACCACGCCUCGGUGUCGGGCUCCCCCAGCGACUACGGCUCCUCGGACGAGUACGGCUCCUCCCCCGGGGAGCAGGGCCCGCUGCCGUCCCCCGGCCCGGGCCCCGGGUCCCUGGACGACGCCGGGGCCAACUACAUCCUGAUGGGCCAGUGCGGCGCCCGCAGCGGCGGCGGAGGCGGGAGGGGCGGGGCCACGGACUGCAGCUCGGCGGCCAGCUCCCUGGCGUCCCAGGACGGGGGCGUGGGCUCCCCAGGGGCCCCGCCCGGGGCCAAGAGGGUGCUGCGGCGCUCGUCCAGCCGCGAGAGCGAGGCGGAGCGCCAGCUGCUCAGCAAGCGGGCCUCGCUGCCCCCCAUGGCCCUGGAGCGGCUGGCCCCCCGGGGGGGGCAGCGCCGCGGCGAGGGCCCCUCCGCGCCGGCCCCGGGGCCCGAGGAGGACUGUGCGGACUACGCGGUGAUGUCGCGCAGCACCAGCCGCGAGUCGUUCGCCUCGUCGGCGUCCUCGUCCUGCACGCAGCGCGACUCGGGCGUGGUCAGCGGCUCCUCAGCCGGCGGCGGCUACCUGGACGUGGCCGGGGGGACGGAGCUCUACCGGGGCGGGGAGGGGGGCGUGGCCACGCCGGCGUCGCCCCACCCGCCGCCCGGCGUGGACAACGGCUACAUGUCCAUGCUGCCGGGCGGCGGCUCCCAGCCGCCGGGGGGCCCCCCGCUGGCCGCCUCCUUCCCCGACGGCGGCGAGCUGUCGGCCAGGGGCCCCGCCGACGACUACAUGGCCAUGACGCCCAACAACAGCGUGUCACCGCCGCAGCCCAUCCGCGCGCCGCCGCCGCGUGCCGCCGACGGCUACAUGAUGAUGUCGCCGCACGGCAGCUGCUCCCCCGAGCAGCGGGGGGGCGGGGCCUGGCCGGGCAGCGCCGACAGCCGCGCCGGCAGCGACUACAUGAACAUGUCGCCCAUCAGCGCGCGCUCGGCCAACGGCAGCCCCCCGCCGGCGCAGGAGGCGGAGCCCCAGCACGGGGCCCCCGCCCAGCAGGGGCCUCAGACGCCGGGGCCCAAGAUGGUGUACUCGUACUACUCCCUGCCGCGCUCCUACAAACACAACCCCUCCAAGGGGCUGUUCGAGGAGGGCGUGGCCCGCGGCCGCCGGCCCAACAGGGGGGCGGGCGGCAGCAGCAGGGGGACGGGGGGCGGCGGGGGUCCGGCGGCGGCGGCGGCGGCGGCGGGACGCCACCUCUCGCUCUCGUCCUCGUCCUACUCCUCCAGCUCGGCCAGCAAUGAGAGCCUGGGCGGGGAGGGCGAGGAGCGGACCCCCAAGGGGCCCCACAGCGCCCCGGGGGGCAAGCUCAAAGGAGCGCCCUCCAAGGAGGUCAACGGCGGCGGCGGCGGCGGCGGCGGCGGCCUGCAGCAGCGCCGCGGCGGGGCGGCCCCGGCCAAGCAGGGGGGCCACGCCCGCAGCCGGCCCGUCAGCCUGUUCGUGGACGUGUCAAAGGCCAACACGCUGCCCCGCGUGCGGGAGAACCCCCUGGCCCCGGAGCCCAAGAGCCCCGGGGAGUACGUCAGCAUCGAGUUCAAGGGCGGCGCCGGGGGUCUGAGGCAGGGCUACUGCGGCCCCCCGCAGCCCGGGAGACUGCGGCCCGCCUGCGGCUUCCUGCCGCUGUCCCGCAGCCCCUCGGCGCCCCUCAGCCCCCCACCGGGGGCCUCGGAGUACGUCAACAUGGACCUGGGCCCCUCCCCCUGCCCCUCGCCGCUCUCCCUCACGCCGCUGGGCUUCCCCUCCUUCCACACGCCCCCCACCCCCCCCACCCUGGCCGCCCAGGCGCCCAAGCUCCACGGCCGCGUGCCGGGGGGCCCCUGCCGGGAGGAGGAGCAUGAGCAGGUGGUGGUCGUCGUGGCGACGGGAGGAGGAGGAGGAGGGGCGGCCCGGAGGAAGAGCCGCGAGAGCGUCCCGCCGCCGAGCGAGUCGGAGUCGCCCACGUCCUGCGGCGACUACACCGAGAUGGCGUUCAGCCUGAACCGCGACGGCUCCGCCCCCACCCGGAUCACGUCGUCCAACGUCUCGCCCGAGGCCCCGCCCCCGGCCCGGCCCACGGCCCCCCUCGUCCCGGGGCUGCCCCUGGGGCUGGACUUCCCCCCGGCCAAGCCCCUGGCCAACCCCGACCACGGCGCCAAGGUCAUCCGGGCGGACCCCCAGGGCCGCCGCCGGCACUGCUCGGAGACGUUCCUGGCGUCCGCCGCCUCCGGCCCCGCCCCCUCCUCCACCUCCACCUCCUCCUCCUCCUCCUCCAGCUCCUCCACCGCCUCCCUCUUCCCGGAGCACGCCCAGGCCGUAGCGCGGCGCCUCGGCUUCGAGGGCAUGCUGUGGGGGAACAGCAACGGCGGAGCGGCCGACUCCCCCGCACAGUUCCACCUCCCCGGGCAGCAGCCGUCACCCGUCGCCCAGGCUUUGUGCGGAGAGCAAGGCCUCAACUACAUAGACUUGGACCUGGCCAACAAGGAGACGCCUCACCCGGUCGCCGACGGGCCCUCGGGGCUCCAGGCCGCCCCGUCCCGCCUGUUCGCCCUGCUCGGCGGGGGGUCCGGAUCAGCAUCAGGAGGAGGAGCAGGAGGAGGAGUGGGAGGAGCAGGGGCCGGUGGUAGCGGCGGCGGCGGCGUCUCCAGUCUCAACACGUACGCCAGCAUCGACUUCUACAAGUCGGACGAGCUGCGCAGCCACCAGAACGGCAGCAAGGAGGGGACGGAAUGCUGAUGCCACCGGUCCCGGAGGAUUCCAAUGCACUUCCUCUCCUUUUGUGUGGUCGACCAAUCGCCUCGAGUGGUGGAUUGGACACGCCCCCCCCCCGUAGCACUUUGUAAAGACUCUGAGAGAACUCGUUUUUCAUUUUGUGGAGGGAUGGAUGGGGGCUUUUUGGCAUAAUGCUCUUACACACCAAUAGGGGCGUGUGUGUGUGUGUGUGUGUGUGUGUGUGUGUGUGUGUGUGUGUGUUUGUGUGUAUGUGUGUGUGUGUGUGUGUGUGUGUGUGUGUGUGUGUGUGUGUGUGUGUGUGUGUGUGUGUGUGUGUGUUUGUGUGUGUGUGUGUGUGUGUGUCUGUGCCAAAUUUAAUUCUACACAAGGUAUUGGAUUCUCAGACUCUGACAGUGGAGACAUGGAGAGCAAAUACAAAAGGGGUACCUAAACACAGAAUGAUAUUUUUUAAUAUAGAAGAAAGAAAAUACUUAAAAAAGUGAAUUGAAGGCUGAAGAUAUAUAUCCUAUGUGUUAUAGUUCUGCUCAAAAAGUGCCUCACGUUCAGAUUGUAGCUAUUAUAAAGCAAUUUCAAUUUAGCCUCAGUUUUUUGAUGCUUAGAGAUUUUUGUGCGCAUAUGAGGGUGGUAAUUAAUUACAAAACACAAGAUAUCAACACAUGAUCGCAGUGAAAGCAAACGCUCACCAAAAGGAUACAAUUAUAUUAGCAAUUUGCUGGCCUUACUGUCUACUGUGAGAAAUACCAUUCGCAUAAUUACUAUUAGCUUUCUGCUUAUUACUCGGUUGUAACUUGAGCUCCCUUCGACAUCUCCCUUCUUUGUAUUCCAUCUAUUUUCCUAUUUCUUAAUCCCGUUUUAAUACGUCACACUUAAUGCUUUCGGAACCGCAAACAAAGCCAUACGCAGCCCGUAGCCUGCUCGCUAUUUAACAUGAAGCUAGCUAUUCCAAACGCUCUAUGGCCAUCUAAAGCCAUGCCGCUCAGAAUAACACAUUAGCUUUGCGCUGUGACCCCUGAAAUAGAGCUGAGCGAAUCCCCUUAGUGCUAUUAGCGCCAGCGUCACAUCUUGCUAUACUCUCCAACUCUCAGGAUGCCGACACUACGUUCACUACGUUUUCGAAAGAUACAGAAGAAAACAGCCACUGCCAACUAUAGCUGUGCUCGUGCUGUUCAUGCUAGUACGACCAACACUGGUGUCUAUAGGACACUUUGUUUCAAAAAAUAUAUAAAAAGGUAUUUUUGCAGAGGUCAGAAUACUUUCUAAAGGAGGAGAAUUUCAUGAGUCGAUUCCUAGGGAUGUCGAACAGAUAGUAAACCGACGAUAUGAAUAAUACAUUAGCUUUGUGCCAGUAGAAACAACUGCCUAGCCCCCCAGCCCCUACGCUCUCCAGCACUCUCUUCUCUUACUUUAACCUCUUCUGCUAUGCAUUAGUACUUAAGUGCCUGUCUUCUGUCCUAUUUAACAGAGUUUGUCUGUUCCUUGCGGCUACCUUAGCAGUUAGCACUGGCCUGUCCUAGCAUAGAUUUGAUGGAUCUAUUUUUGUGUCCGAUGUGCGGUCACCCACCAGCCUCUGUACAGUUUGGUUGUACGAUGACGUUACGUUCUCUUGGUUUUGGUGAUGCGAGAAUGAACUUUUUGGGACGGCGUGGUGACACACGAGCCGUUUGGCCCUGAGCGAACGAUGUUAUGAGCUGUUUUCGCUCUGCUAGUUGGGUUGUACCGAUACCAGAACUUGUACUCGGGCCCGAUUCUGGGCUCAUGUGCUCAUACUCGUUAAACCUCUAAGAUAAAACCACCCGAUACCACUUUAUACACAUGUGACGUAAUUUUAAAGAGCCAGUGAACGCCCAAAAAAAUAUAAUUUUAUUUGUAGCAAUUUGUCUUAUAUGAUCGUCAACUUAGUAAUUUAGGCCAUUUUAUCACAUUCUACUGAAAUAAGUCCCCAAUUUAGAUUAAAAAAGGGGUAAAAUCCUAUGUAUUUGCCAUUUUGAGCUCUGUCUGGGAAGCAGUUGACUUUCCCGCUGAAACAGCGGAUUCACUGGCUCUUUAAACUGUGACGGUAUUAUUAAGUACUCAUAUCGGUACUCGGUACUUAGUAAGUACCCAUAUGUAAGAACUUGUAGGUACUUCUACUUCUAAUCGGUCUGAGGAAAAGGUUUAGUGGUGCAUCCCUAGUUGUGAUGGAUCAUGGAGGACCCGGUCUCCCAGGGUCAACAGUGCCAAAACACACACAAAGACACACUUACAAACGAAAAAAGAGACUUUAAAAUGACUUUGCUGUGAUCCUCUCUCUCUCUCUCUCUCUCUCUCUCUCUGAAACCGGCACUUCAAGAAAAACUUAAAACAAUCGAUUUUGUUGUUGGCUGAUCGUCCGUGAUUUCUUAAAUGCGUUAUGUUUUUUUGCAGGUGUUGAAAAAACACAAACUGUGAUAUGUUUCACCUGGCAGACUUGCCUGCCUGGGUGACAUAGACAAUAAAGGACAUUGGAGACGCGCUUUCGAGUUAUGAUAUCAGGUAGGCCGUUGGCCUUCGAUCGGGCGGAUUUCACCAAGAAAUGAAGAGCGUGACCUGAGAGAUGACGGCCUUGCUGCGCCUUGGAACGUUCUGAGUCACGUGAUAUGGUCCCUGAGCGGAAAAAAAACAAUGCAGCUUGUAAUUGUAAGCAGCUUAGGAGCGGCGAUUUAGGAAAGUCCCCCCCUAAUGGGCCAUUAUUCAAGAGAGGAAGAACGCCCCCCAAACCCAACAGAUUGGACUUCAACCUCAGUGCACUUGAGUUAUUCAAAGCAGACUUUGCUGAAUGACGCCAUGCGAGGGAGGACUGCAGUCUCACACACACACACACACACACACACACACACACACACAUACACACACACACACAAAUAAACACACAAUUCACACAUUUACACAUAUACACACACGCUGGAGGCAUUAUGCCUGGCAGGAAAGCGCACAAAAGGGGUGUUUAAAUCUUUUAUAGAAAAAGCCGCUUUUAUUCCUCACAUUUGUGUCUGGGUUGUUUGCUUCUUUUAUUUUUUGCAUACGGACACCACAAUCUCCUCCACCUCCUCCCCCACCUUCAGCUCUGAGUCCACAACCGACAAAUGUCCAUGGGAACAUCACCCCCCCCCCCCCCCCCCCCCCCCCCCCCCCCCCCCAGACGGCCAUACACGGGUCUGCCCCGUGGGGAACGUCCGCGCCUUGUGCGCGUUCACGUCCAUCGGGGGUUCCACUUUUCCUGGCUGGGCGGAGCUUGUACGUCUCAAAACGUGGUGGGGGCGGGGCUUGUUGGACUACGUUCUGUAUUGCGUGUGGGGAGGAGAGUGGAGUCAAGCGCUGCUGAUGACUUACCAGUGUUUUCAUCUUGUUUUUAAUUUUCCUUCGCAGGCCCCCAAAGGGAUGGUGCUAAGUCAAAAUAAUAAUAAUGAUAUUGGGUACUUUGUCCUAUUUGCCCGUGAUGUAGAUGAUUUCACUUUUGUUGCUUGAGUAAAAAAGAAAAAAUCAUGACAUAAACAAAAGGUCAAAACAAA